CGCUGCUGCUCCUUGUGCACUGCGCCGGCAGCACACUCGCAGUGACGGAGCACCACCGCUGCAUCUACGAUCACGUUAAUCGUCCCGCCGAUAAUCCAGAUGUUGUGGAUAUAACGCAGCAACCGCCGCAGUCAAUGGGAAUAAUGGCUGAAGCAGCGGAAGCGCAUGGCACUACUGUGAGGGAAACAGCCGAGGUUCUUGAGCAACAAACUACUUCAUCGUCAGUCACUUCCACUUACAUGCCCAUCCGUAUCAAGGUUUUCUUGCUGGAUUCAGUAAAGAGACCCGGAUGCAAGAAUGUAGGGGAUACGUAUUUGAACGUGCUGGGGAAAGGCGUGAGCUGCACCAAGGAGGAUAUCAUGAGUCAAGAGAAGUGGGAUAUUUUGAAUCACACGAUCAUUCCCGAGGCUGUGAAGCUGCACGCGGAUCGCUUGAACGUUAAGCCGUUGGAUAAAUCCAUCGUUAUGCCGAAUUACAGUGAUAACACUAUUUGUGGCCGGCUCGAAAUCCCUGAAGAGCACAAGACGAAAGGUGUUAAGGAUGCUGACAUGGUGCUGUACGCCACUGCUGCGCCGAUUGUUGAUGGUACCUUUGCGUGGGCAACGAUGUGCGCGGUGCACACCGAUGGGCGGCCGCUAAUUGGCAUGAUCAACUACAGCCCGCGCCAUAUUGCACGCACGUCGCAGGCCGUCCGCGUCGCCGCCCACGAGAUUGCGCACACCCUUGGGUUCAGUGUUGCAGUCUUGAAUGCCAGAGGGUCGGUGAAGGAAUCUUCCAGACCGUUCCGUGGGAGGUAUGUCUAUCUUGCUUCAAAGAAGAGUGUGAAGAAGCAGAUGGAACUCCAUUAUGGAUGCAAAAGUUCUGAGGGUAUGGAGCUGGAGGACGAGAUGGUGUUGUUGCCGGCAACUCGGGAGAAAAAAGGAAGAAAGUCUGUGGAGAAAGAGGAGCCUAUUGCUGGUUUGGAGAAAUUCGGUUUGAGUUCCCACUGGAAGCGGCGCCACGCGAAGGACGAGCUGAUGGCUGGACUUGUGGGCGCUGGCCACUACACUGGACUGACACUUGCAGCGUUCGAGGGCCUGGGGUAUUACAGUGUUGACUAUUCGAAGGCAGAGACGAUGAGCUGGGGGAAGAACGCCAAGUGUGAGUUUCUUUGGGUGACGAAGUGCGUUGUAAACGGUGAGACUCCAUACCCCAGCAUGUUCUGCACUGAUUCCACUGACAAAAAACUACGGUGCACGUCUGACCGCCAGGCGUUGGGAACGUGCGUCAUUGAGAAUCAUACUAAAAUUCCCGAGAUAUACAGUUAUUUUAAGAUGACUAAAGACAACAAGAUGCCUGGUGGCAGGCGGGAGGACAUGAUGGACUACUGCCCCAUUAUUGUGGCGAGCACAGGCUUCAGCUGCAUUGAUGGCACUGAGAGCAAGAUGCCUGGGAGUCUGAUUCGCGAGGAUUCGCGGUGCGUGCAUGGAAAUGGUCUGACGGUAAAGGGCAAGCCGAUUGGU